AUUUUAAUCCUGAUUGUAGUAGAUACAUACUGGUAAGAAAAGACUCAUUUUUGUUUCGACCUCGCCUUGGAUAGAUAGGUAGGUACCUUUGGCCUUCUCUUGGACUCUCCCAGAACGGUGUGGCACUGACCAACUUGCUCCAUAGUGCAACCAAUCCCCAUCUCGCACCACUCCAUAGCACGGGGAAUUGAUUCUGAUCGACUGCCGCCCGUCAGUCUUGUUCACAUUCAGGCAUUUACGAACCUGGUCCUUGUUGAUCCUACUCUCCCCAGGACAAAUUCAAGGUUCAUAGUAGGACUAGUAAUACUGAAUGAAUACGGGUAAUAAAACCAAUGGGACCAGUGCCAGGUGGUGUCUGGUCUACUACGGAGUAGGUUUCCUUUCAUUUUAUGUUUCAGGAAUAACAUUGAAUCCCCCAAAUGGCGGACGGGAUGCUCAGUGGGGCCGACUAGCUCAGCCGGCGAGUCAAUCCUUCCCUUUCAGAGCUCCCGUCUAUUGGCUUUUCGCUGCACUUCCGGUGCAUUGCACAACCUGAGUGAAUUGUGACAGUCCCCCGAAACUUCCUGGGACGGU